AAGGCGUUAUAAAAGAAUAGAGAAGAAUAUACAGUGGCGCCAACUACAAAUCGAAAUACGAAUUAUAAUAGAGCUUCUAGAAUCACGUGAUUGUAGAUUUAGUUACAGAAGACAUGGCGGACAAAGAAGAGCAUGAGAAGACCAUCGCCGAAGACUUGGUUGUUACCAAGUAUAAAAUGGCAGGCGAUAUUGUUAAUCGAGUUUUGAAACAAAUAUUAGACAGAUGUGUUGUUGGAGCAUCUGUGAGGGAGAUAUGUGAAUAUGGGGAUACACUAUUAACAGAAGAGACAAAUAAAGUUUUUAAGAAGGAGAAAGAACUUAAGAAAGGAAUUGCUUUUCCAACCUGCAUAUCAGUAAACAACUGUAUUUGUCACUUUUCCCCAAUCGCAAGUGAACCAGAUCUAAUUCUGAAAGAUGAAGAUAUGGUUAAAGUUGAUCUUGGAGCACACAUUGAUGGCUUUAUAGCAGUUGUGGCACACACUGUAAUUAUAGGCUCUUCGACCGAACGCAAAGUUACAGGUAGAAAAGCUGAUGCAGUUUUAGCUGCACAUUACGCGUCUCAAGCUGCUUUAAGACUUUUAAAGCCUGGAACAGAGACGUACUCGAUAACGGGUACAGUAGAAAAAAUAUGCGAUGCAUAUAAAUGUAAACCAAUUGAAGGCAUGUUAAGUCAUCAAUUAAAACAAUUCAAGAUAGACGGGGAAAAAACUAUAAUACAAAAUCCAAACGAUGCACAGAAAAAAGAACAUGAAAAAUUUACACUCGAGACUCAUGAAGUGUAUGCAAUGGAUGUUCUUGUUAGUACGGGUGAAGGUAUAGGACGUGAACAAGAUACUCGUGUUACUAUAUAUAAAAAAACUGAAGAAACAUAUCAGCUAAAGCUGAAAGCAUCUCGCAUGUUCUAUUCAGAAGUUUCCAACAAACAUGGUCUUAUGCCUUUUAAUUUACGUACCUUUGAAGACGAAAAGAAAGCCAAAAUGGCAGUUGUUGAAUGUGUUAAUCACAGGCUGAUUGAACCAUUCCAAGUGUUAUAUGAAAAACCAAAUGAGUAUGCAGCACAAUUUAAGUUUACGGUAUUAUUGAUGCCUAAUGGGCCUCAUAAAAUUACUGGUAUUCCUUUCGAUUUGGACAUUUAUCAAUCUGAUUGUUUAGUAGAAGAUCCUGAAUUAAAGACUCUUUUAUAUACUUCUGCAAAUCCUAAAUCUGCAAAGAAAAAGAAAAAGAAGGCCGAAAAAGCUGUGGGAGAAGUAGCAAUGGAAGUUGAUACUAAGGCCUAACACAAUGAAGUUAUGCUCGCUAUGAUUUAUUGUCAUCAAGCACUAUCCCUUUCAUAUUAUCUAGCAGUAUAAAGAGUAAAAUCAGAAACUUUUCAAACAAUAUUGUAUUUUAAAUUUUAUUUUUAACCAUCAAUGCCCACUUUUGACAUAGUGUAGAUCUUUACAUUAUUAUUAAGCUUUUAUUAUUUUUAUAACAUUUUAUUCAAUCAAAUCAAAUUCAAGGUUAGCCAAUACGUAAAAAUGCUUAUUAUUUGAAAAGUGUCUAAUUUUACUCUGUUGUAAUAAUGACACUUCAUGCUAUAAUUCAUUGACACUUACGUUUUUAUACCAAAACGUCUUUCAAUGACGCAGAGAUUAUAACUCUACAAAAACUGAUAAAUAUUCUUAAGAAAUUGUUACGGAUAUCUUACAUUACAUUAUAUCUUACAUAUAAUACUUAAAACCAAUGUCACUUUAAUAACAAUAUGCAACUAAUUUUUGUGGAA